ACUGAGGACAUUCCUGGAAGGGAGGCGGCCUCGUUCGGUACCUGCCCUCUCCAUAAAACAGGAAGAUAACCUGACCGAUACCCGUAAUGCUAACAUGAAAAGUCAAGCGAACACAACCUAGCAUUAAUACCGGACAGAAGGCCGGAUAGACGGGACGACACAGCGCAAACCUUUGGAUUUAACCCCUGACUGCUUUUACCGUAAAACGAGUUAGCUCAGUGCGCUAGCUUGUUUGCUAACUGUAACGCUGGUCCGGAUUGUCAGCUGGUUGCGAAAGAAGGCUAACAAGUUUGCUCGUUUACACUAAAUCUACCUUUUCACCAUGGGCUCCAGAGCGUCCACGUUACUUCGAGAGGAAGAAAUUGAAGAAAUAAAGAAGGAGACCGGCUGUAAGUCGAGUUUAGACCGUAAUAAAUAAGCUAAAGAUUGUGACACAUUAGCAGUUUAUUGUAUUUCCAUUUUAAUGUUGACUCCACAGUUAGCAGAGCUCUUAGCUGGUUAAUAUUACAACAUCAGACAUAUUACAGCAUCAGAGGAUGUUAGUUUGUGUGUAUUAAGGCCUGAAGGUGUCUGACUUUAAAGGUCUCUCUCUCUCUGCCUCCUCUCAGUCUCCCACAGUCAGAUCACCCGCCUGUACAGCCGCUUCACCAGCCUGGAUAAAGGUGAAAACGGCACCCUCAGGUGAGACAUAAUCCUGUCUGUUUUCUGACAUAAUAACAUUAAUCCAGGGGACUAUACUGAGCAGGAUGGUUUCUCUUAGAAAGGGCUGAUCGGCGGCUUAAAGGUUAUGAAACAAAUCGGGGUGCACCGAUCACGGUUUUCUGGCCGAUCACCGAUCUUUAAAAAGCUUGAAAUGCCGAUACCGAUUUUGCCGAUACCUUUCUUUUAAAUAACCAAUCUUGUUUUAAUGAAAAACAUUGAACAAUACUAAACAAUACAAACCUCUUCUGAUUGUUUUAACUGCACAUGAGGUAGUUCUCUCAAAUAUAAAUGAAAAGUUUAGAAUAUUUCUGUCCAAACUACUAAAUUAUAUCAGUUCCUUUAGUCUUUUAUUUUCCACAUUUAAAAAUUAGCAAUACCUGAGCAGCAGGUCAGACUGCAGGCCUGUUUUUUAGCCUCUUACCAUAAUAAAGUGCACCGCAGUAUUUUGCUUUUACAAAUAAAGGAAAUCACAAAGUUUGAGGAAGUUAUUAAAAUAAUAAUCUACAGGACAAACUAAACUGUUGGGCAGGUCUGUCAUUCUGGCGAAAGAAAAAAGCUAAAAUGGCUGACUUUUAGACCUUUGCUGAGGUAGAUGAGAUCGGUGGAUAAAAUCAGUUCUAUGUCUAAGAAUCAGCCGAUUACUGAUCCCCCAAAAACUGAGGAAAUCGAUGCCGAUUGAUCGACCGGCUGAUUUCUCUGACGUAUAAAAACAAACAAGAUCAUUAGUGACAAGAUUAUUCAUUUCUACCAACUAAAUUUUAUGUCUUUAGGGGGUUAGUGUGUCAGACUGAGUGAGUAUCAACACAGACUGCUUAUUCACACAGCUGCUGAGACAUUUCGGGGUUCAGUGCCUUACCCAAUGACACUUGGUCAUGUGGAUAGAGACUCCAGGGAUUGAAUCCCCAAUUUAGUGAUUGGGAGACAGCCAACUCUCCCACUGAACCACAGCGACCCCAAAUGUGACAUCCCCAUGUGGAAAUACCAACAGAUUCUAGAAAUAAACAGCCAGAUGAACUAAAUUAAACAAAUUACUGUUUCUGUCAACAACGAAACAAGUGUAGGAUGUAUUUAAACUGCUUUUUUUACACCGUUGCAGUUUGUACAAUAAAUGAAAAUCAAGUCAGAAAGGUAUAAAUAACACAAGAAAGGUGAAGAGAAGUAAAUACUCUGAAAUCAUUGAAAUACAGUUGGGAAAAAGUACAAAAUCAGGAACAACCACAACAAAGACUAAAUCCUCAGUACACAAAGACUUUUUUAUUUUAUUGAAAAUUAGAUUUAAAAAAGUACCAGAGUAAAGUGUGUACCGAGGCUUUAGCCUUUGUCAAAUUGUCCGCUGGUUUGACAUCCUGGCCAUAAACAUUUGCUCCAUGUCUUUCCCCUGUUUGUUUUCAGCUGUAUUAUCUAAAUAAGGCAGAAAUAACCAUAAAAAGGAUUAAAUUAUAUUUUAAAAGUCCAGCUAUUUUUCCUAACAACUCUGUAAUUUUAUUUCAAAUGUGAUAAAACAGAAGAGUUUAUGAGUGAUAAAGAAAGACAUGUCCGAUUCUCAUCGAUUUCUCAAGGAGUUUUUUUUUUUUUGGUGCAGCAUUUCUUGGUUUGUGAUUAACUUCCUGCAGCACAUGAAGAAACAGUCGGAUAAUCAUUACAGAAGCUAAAACAUGAGUUCAAAACGUCACAGAUCUGGAGGGUGAAUCGUGCAGGAAGUCUCUGCAAAAAAAAAGUCGAGGUGUUUACACAAAACAAGGUCUCAGAUCUGCUUGUCCUUUCCUGCUUCAGUGCGUCCAGUCACAGCUCACAGUCUAUACACUCCUUUUUUCUUCCCAAGGUGACUUUCUUAUCAUUCAUGAGUUGCCACAACAGUGAGAUUUACAUCCUGGUCUUAAUAUGGUUAGUUCAGAUACAGUUCAAUGUUUGGGUUGAAGUUUUAUCAAUGAAACUCGUGAUCGAUUAAAGGAGGAGUAGACUAACAGCUCCUGUUUUCUGGGAGGUAGAUUUAGGGUGACUGUCUCACUAUCUGCUUGUGCAACUCCAAAACUUUUGUACCUAUUUGUCAUGUAGAGUUGAGAAGUUCACAGGAUGAGAGCGUAGGUUUAAAAAUAGCAGAAUGACCCUUUAAUAUCUCAUGUUUACAGAUGUUAAACGAGCAUCCAUUAGUUCAUCAAACCGUGAUUUCAAUCGUGUUUCCUCCUCUCUGCAGUCGAGAAGAUUUCCAGAGGAUCCCGGAGUUGGCCAUCAAUCCUCUGGGAGACAGAAUAAUCAAUGCUUUCUUCCCUGAGGGGUGAGUCGUGCUCGUUGUUGGUCUGCAGAGAUUUAUUCCACAGAAGUGUGUUUUAUAGGUUUGAGUCACAACCACCAAGAAACCGAACGAAGCCGUCAGGGAUUUCCAGCUGUGGCUGCUGGACUCAGACUCGAGAGGUUCGGCUUCUUCUGCCAACUCUGGAAAAACUCGACUGGGGCCCCAAAAACUCUGACAGUAAAGAGGAGAUAAAAGUCUAAAACGACCAGAUGUUUUCAGCUGUAUCAUUAAAAUCCUAAAAAAUCAGAUGUGUAGGCGUUUUAAUGUUAGCUGUGGGUUUUAAUGCUUUUUGAUGCAGCUUGGGUUUUUGUUUGUUGGCUAAAGACUUUUCUAGAAAUAGAGCAGAGAGUGUGCCUCUGGAAACCGGUGUUGAGUUUCCUCCAGUUUGAGUUUUCAUUGUGUCGCUCACAGCCAGUCUUGAGAAUAAAGGAAACCCGAGCCGCGGAGAGAAUCACUUGAAGUUUCUUUUGUGUCUGUUGACGGAAAGUUUUCGUCUCUUCUGUGCCUCCUGAUCGUAUGAUUCCCUGUUUCUGGGUUUUAGAGAGGACCAGGUAAACUUCAGAGGCUUCAUGCGGACUCUGGCUCACUUCAGACCGAUCGAGGACAAUGAGAAGAACAAGAACGCCUCCACCAACGAGCCGCUCAACAGCAGGACAAACAAGCUGCUCUGUGAGUGUCAGACUCUGUCGGGUGUCGUCAGGGAUGCUGGUGACAAAUAUCAUGUCACUGAUUACAAACUAAACUGCAGAUCAAUACAGCUUAUCUUCUCUUAUCUUAUCUUAUCUUGUGUUUUCUAGUCGCUUUUCGUCUGUAUGACCUGGACAGAGAUGACAAAAUCUCCCGGGAUGAGCUGCUGCAGGUGAGAGUAUUGUUUGUCAUGUCAAUAAGCUGCUGAGUCACUCUGAGGUUUGUGGAAACAGUUAGCUGUGUCAUCAUUACAAAUUAAAGAUUUCCUCUCUUUUCUUCUUUGUGGAAGUCAACAAAGAAAACCUCAGAGACGCUUGACAGGACAGAGGCUGUGUUUGGACGGGUUUCAGCAUCUUAAAGGGUUUUUAAAAAGCUCUUUGAGGUCGCCUCAGCUGUCAGUUGUGAAACAGGCAGUAAAGACUGUUUUUGAAUCCCUGGAGUGUGUCCAAGGUCGUCCACAAAAGUCCUUAUUUUCUCACUGACAAGCUUUAAAUGUCUGACAAAAAUAGAAAUAUCUGUUACAUCACUUCUUUCAGUCACCAGACUUCAUUGAUAAAAACAGUGACUGUAUGGUAAAAAUUAGGGAGCUAAUGAGUUAGUUUGAUGUGUCACUGUUAUUUUUAAUUGGCGCAGUGAGAUGCAACACAAUGUAUUUAUGAUGCACAAUAACGAAUUCACAAGGAGGUAGACGAGAUCAGUGACGACAUUUCUCUGCAAAUACAGCAACGUAAUGUUUGUUUACUCCAAAGCCACUGAGCUUUGUUCAGGAUAAAAUCAAUUUCAGUGUUUAAGUAUCUCAGUAAAGGGAGUUUCUGAUCUACUCUGUUGGUUAUAUAGUUGCUUUGAUUGUGUUUUUGUGUAUCUGUUGUUUUUAAAUAGUGCAGAACAGGGCGGCAGAUCAGCAACUCUCUUAUUCUGCACUGACAGAUUUGGUCUCAUUUUUCAAGCUAGUAACCUCUAUUUCCCUUCAAAAAGGGAGUUGCUGGUCUACCUCUGAUUUUGAUGAGUUUCUGCGGUUGUGUUUUAGUGUCGCUGUUUUUAUUUUAAUGAUACAGGGAGGUUGAACAACACUAUAUUUGAGCAGCACGCAAUAAAAACAAAAGUAAACACAACCAAAGAGGCAGGAGUAGAUCAACAACUCCCAAAUUCUGCCACCAUAAAUUAUGGUAAUUUGUAAUUAUUGUUUACCAUUGUUAAGUGAGAGCAGAUUUCCUUUUUCGGUCAUUUUAGCUCUCCUCCUUUCAAAGGUACUAGACUUCAUAAACUUCAUUAGGAGUUGCUAGUCUACCCCUGGCUUUGUUAUGUAGUUUGAGGGUGUCAAUUUGCACCUUUUGUUUUUAAAUGGUAAUGUAAAAUAGACACUAAAUUGUUAAGCGGAUAAGAAAAACUCCACCAAGGUGUCAUGAGUAGAUCAGCAACUCCUUAAACUGCAAGAACAGAUGAUAGAUGUGUCAUCUAAGUCUGUGACAAUAAGAUUAGAGUCUUGAACAAAAACAUUUGUCUCUCUGAUAUUCUGUCAGACACUUGAACAUGUCAGCUGUAGAAACAAGUGUUUCGGCGGAUGAACUUUGACCUGUUACAGUAACCCCAAAGAUUACGUACGACGUCUUGACCAUUAUCAUGUGAACAAAGAUGCAGAGGCUGUUAUGUAACAUGUAUGUCAAAAUGCUCUGCAGACAGAGAGAGAGAGUGUUUGGGAUUUCCGUGUCGAUGACAGGACUUUGCCCUCGUGCUGAUAAUGAUCAUGAUAGGAUGAUGAUGUAUCUCACCUUAAGUACAGGCCGGUGUUUCCUAAGACGCUGUGAUAUCCUGUAUUUUGUCUCCCUGUGUUAUUUGUUGUUCCUCUGUCGGUCUGGGUGACUUUGUGUGACCUGUAAUUGCUCUAAGCUCGGGGUGAAAUGACUCAAGACGGAUCUGCUGUUUUGCGUAAAAACAUUUGGCCUGUUUAAGCCUGUCACCACGGAAACAGCUUUAAUGCAAACAGCAUAAACAUGGUGUUAAAGACAUAUCCUGAUAUUUAUAGAAGUCUAAUAAAUAUGUAGUUUUUGGCUGAUAUUCAUGAGAUGACUCUCUGCUCUUUCUUGGCAGGUCUUGAGGAUGAUGGUUGGUGUAAACAUUUCAGACGAGCAGCUCGGCAGCAUCGCUGACAGGACCAUACAGGAGGCAGACACGAAUGGAGACAACUCCAUUUCCUUUAACGAGUUCAUCAAGGUCAGUUUUCUUCUUCAGAGGGCGUCACAGUCCUGUAUUUUCACCAGCUAUAACCCAGAGAACAUCAGAAAGUUUUAGACUUAUGUAGAAAAACAUGUUUUUUGAUUCUCUGAGGUUAAGAGUGUGUGCAAUGGUCAGGUUACGCCAAGAGCUCCCUCUGCUGGAUCAAAUAGCAAACUACUUGAGGUGGCCUGAUGCGUUAGUAUACAGUAUAGUUUGAAUUCAGACAGUCCAUCACUGUUCCUAUAUGCACUUUGCCCCCUAGUUUAAUUUAAUCAUAAUCAGACAAGUACACCGACAGAGCGCUGUUGUGCCCCACCUGUCAGGACUGUAUUUACCCCCAUUAUGCCUCUCUAACAGCCCGGUGUAAUGGAGGAAAUGGUUUGUGUGAAAGGAAAGUUUUUCAGCUCCUGCAAAAUGUGUAGAAAUCUGAAUAAAGUUCUUUAGUGGCACCGUUUGAAAACUUCUUAAGAACACACCCAAAGUAAAUGAAAUGUGUGGCUUCCUCCAAGUGCUGUUUUAAAUAAUAUUUAGCUCGUUGGAGUAAAUGCUUGACAAAUCCGCAGCAUCGGUCACUGUUUAAGUCUGCUGUUGAACUCUCUUGUUUUGUCAGUUACUCAUUACAGGACUGUGUCUGAAGGAACUUCUUGAAAACGUCUGAAUUCGGCCUGUUUUGAUUCUCUCCUCAGGUCUUAGAGAAGGUGGACGUGGAACAGAAAAUGAGCAUCCGGUUCCUGCACUAAUUUGCUUUUUUUUAGAUUUGCUUCAACACGUCAGUCGACUCCAGGACACAACCUCAUGAUCCAGCUCCUCAGCAGGCUGCUGUGGCCCACACUACAAGAACACGCUGUCAGACCAAGCUCUCGGUAGAUUAAGUCAUAGAUCUUGAGUUUCUGCCUUUGCACGGCUCCGUAAACAAAGGGAAAGUUGUGUGCCUUGGGUUGUUUUAUGCAAUGUCUCUGUGUGUGUGUUUUUUUUUUCCCAGUAAUGCAACAUUAUUUAUUAGAAAGCUGUAGAGGGUCACAGUUAGUCCCACUGCUGCUCCACAUCGAUUUCAAACACAGUACAGCACCGCUUUUUGCCCUUGCAGUGAGUAAGUUUAUUCUAAGUUUACUCAUGCUGUACCGUGGAUAUUUAACUCAUACUGUGUCUCUCUGUCUGUUCAAGUAUUCAAACCGGUUUAAAGUGACACUUGGUCCACGUUCGGUUCACUCUGAAUAGACAGUGUUUCUGACGCUUACAGGAUCGAGUCGGACGAGCCAGAUCGACUGUGAGUGAGUCCCUCAAAGCAAAGCAGGAUGUGCUGCUCACGUUUUUGUGUUUUCUCACUGAAGUGCCACAACUUUGGUUCCCUUUUUUUGUAAGAUAUGAACCCAGCAGUAAACGGGGACCUAUAGCCAUGAUUGUGUGUUUUUUUCUUUUCCUUAAGGGUUAACCAGCUACUGCCAAUAGAUUGUUAUGACCUGUUUCAGAUGAACCAAAGUGAGUGUGGCCCUCUCAUCAAAACCAGUGACCACCUGGGGUCUGUUGGAGCAAAUAUGUGUAUAAUGUGAUAUUUAUAGAUUCAUUUUCAACUUACUCUAGUGGAGGCGAUCAACAUGUUUGUCUUCCCUCGCUCCUGUUCUGACGAGUAAUCAUGCAAUACUAAAAAAGUCAGUAUCACUAUAAUUUAGCUGCCAAUUCAGCUUGAUGUAGUCAUCAUAAAGCCAUAGCUAACAAAGCCAGGCCCCGUGCUGUGAACUGGGCCGGCUGCGCACCAGUUAACUUAGAGAUUUAAAACUGCUAGACCCAUGAGAAAACCCCAUGCUUGUAUUUAUACGAUAAGUCUCCUAGUUUGUUGAUUUAUGCAACAUUAAAUUUUAAAUUAAGUCCCAGGUGCAAAAGAGUCCAAUGACUCAGACGUUAAUUUCCUGCACUGGAAAGGGUACAUGAAUUGGAAAGCAAAUGUCAGACUUUAAUCUUUAAUACGAGUUUGUGUAAUGAUUACAAGAACCCCCUCCAGCCGCUGAGUGCAGGAGAUCCACCCUGACCACUUAAUUAAUCAUGUGACGAUCAAUCAUUUAUGAUUCAUUUAUUCUGUGAUGUUGGUCUAGGUAUUAUCAAAGUGAUUCAUGAAUUUGAUUUGAAUAAAUACAAGUGCCAUGCUGUCUUUGUGUCCUUCAUUUA